CGGCUGAGCUGCGCGCCGCCGCCGCGCCGCGUCCUCCCGCGCCCCUGCUGCCGCGCGCUGCAGUCCGGCCUCCCCGCCCCGGCGCCGGGAAGGAAGGCCGGCGGCCUCGUCACGUGUCCUCUGCGAUCGGGAAACAGUUCCGGUGGUGAGGAGUCCUUUCCAAAUAUAAGAGGAAUAAAGAAGUCACUUCCCCAGCUGUCAUCAUCUUCCCACAGAUUGAGCAAGAAUAUUUCAAACACUACAGAAAAGGUGAUACAGCCCACCAAACACUAGAUGAUGGUCAGCCAUGUGAUUUUUUUCAAGAAAGGGAAUAGGGUGAAUGAAUCUCAUCAGAAAAGCAGCAAUAUGAAUGCUGGUCCAUCUUGGAAUAAAAUACAACAUUCAAAGAAUUCUUCAGGAAAAAGGCGUAGUAAAUCCCAAGUCCCUCACGUUCCUUCCCAGCUGAAAGGCAGCCUCGUAGGUGUCUCCGAACCAGCUGAGGAUCAACUUAAGGAAAGCAUUUCCCCGAAAGGAAAACCAGAAAGGAGUCCGCUCAGUUCCAGGGCUCAGCGGGCCUCAGGGAACAGGCUGUUUCUUGACUUUCAGUCAAUGAAAAUUAUUAAAGAAGAUGCUGAUGAGGACAGUGCAAGUGAUCUCUCUGAUUCAGAAAGAAUUCCCAUUCCUCCUUCUCCCCUCACACCUCCAGAUCUUAAUCUUCGAGCUGAAGAAAUCGAUCCAGUUUACUUCGAUCUCCACCCAGGUCAGAGCCAGGCAAAGCCUGAAUACUAUUAUCCAGACUUCCUCCCACCCCCUUUUAACUCCUGGGACCUGCGGGACAUGGCUGUGCUUCUGAACACAGAGUGCAGAACCGGAGCUGUGCCGCGCAUAGGAGGGCUUCUGGGCAAGUAUGUUGAUAGACUUAUCCAGCUCGAGUGGCUGCAGAUCCAGACUAUACAGAGUGAAAAAGCAAAGGGGGCCAAAGCAAGGCCGCCCACAGCCCUUGGGAUGUCAGGGGCUCUGAAAAGCCCCGGGAGAAGCAAGCUCAUUGCUAGUGCUCUGUCAAAGCCUCACCAGGAAGGGGCUCCACAGUCAGGUCCUUCACGAAGGAAAGACUUGCGCUGUGAAGAAGUCCACCCGUCGUAUUACACGUUUGAGACUCCCCCCAAACCUCCAGAGGUGCUGAGUAGUAGCAGAUUGUGUUCUCAGAAGCAAACCUUUGACAUGAGGACAGAGGAGAAGAAAAAGAAAUCACAUAAGAGCACCAAGCUGCAGCAUUGGGAUUGGUCCUGCAGUGACAGCAGCCCUAAGAUUGACAGCAGUGGUAACAUGCGAAUUCCCAAACAGUCAGUGAUGAUUCUGGACUCGGUGGACUCUUACAAGGCCUCCAGAACACAAGCACAUGCAAAUCUUAAGAAAAAGGGAAAAGCAAAUAACUGUGGUCAUGCCACUGUAUCCAGUGAGAAAAAACUCAAAACAAAUGGAGUGAAGCAAAACACACAUAAAUUCAAAUAAUAACUGAAGUGAUGAAUUGCAAGGACCUGCAGAUACCUGAAUGUUAGAGCUCUCCCAAAAGUUACAGUACUGUGAAUUUUAAGAAAUUUUAUGAUUCCUGACAUUUAAGUAGUUGAUUGGUUCUUUAGUCCACCCCAACCCAGCCACACUAGGGUUAUUUUCAAAGAAGGAUGUCUUUCAGUAAGCCUUUCUUUGUAUUGACCGUCUUAAGCAAAUGAGAGCCCUUUAGAUUAAAAUUAACCAAGGUCUGUGCCAUGUAAGGAAAUAAAAUGCAGACUCCAGGGGAGGAGUGAACUGCUGCAGCUGCCAGCUAUGUCGAAUGGAGCUCCCCAUUUUCACUGCACAGAAGUCUAUAAAAUAGCGCCUACUGUUUGAAAUGGUGUGGAAUCCUAAAUGUUUGAAACCAGCCUCUCAGUGUCCUCCUCAUAAACUAUUCAAGCAGAAGUUCUGCCCAUUUCACCCCGAGGAGAAUCUUCAGCUCUUCCUCAAGUUACGGAGCAUCUAUUUUGAGCAAAGUCAUUUAUCACUAAGCUGCUUGCUCUUACAAGACAAUGGAAUCUAGUGUUUUCAUACAUUUCCCUAACAUGGGUUAAAAAAAAAAAAAGAAUUUUAAAUUUAGAGGUGGUGGUGAAGUCCACUUUUGUGUUCUCUAAACUGAGGUUAAAAUAGUGUGCAGACUUUGUCCAGGCGGAAGUCAGUGGGCUUAAGCAUGAUUGUUACUGUUUGGUGGGAGUAAGAGUGAAAUAUUUGGCACCCUAGACUUUCUGGCAUGUGUGGCUUCUCUGAAGAGGUGCCACAGGAAAACCUUCUUUUAGAGUUUGUAAAUGAAGGCCUAUAAUCAAAUGCGAACAGAACCACUUUGAAUGUAACAGUUAUGACAUUACUGAUUUGGGAGCUGGAUCCUGCUGUCUGUAGUCAAAAUAAUGCUUAUUUUGUUUGAGUUCGCAAGAGCAGGAUUUUAUAAUCUUGCUGGGGGUCUAGGGGAGAGGACAUAUUUCAAUUUGGAGGGGAAAGUGGAAUAUGAAUACAGUUAUUGAAUGUCUUCUAAACGUCCUUAUCUGGUCCUGUGGCUUCCUGGCUCUCCUAAAUGCUUCUUAUUUAACUGCAGUGAAGUAACAUCCACUUGUUCCUAUAGUCGUGCUGUGAGAUUUCUGUUGAUAUUAAUGUGAACAUCUUUAAAACCUUUGGUUGGCUACCUUUUGAUAUGCAGUAUGUUUUAAUGACUGUAGCUGAUUUUAUCCCUUUAGAUGAAUAUUUGAUUUUUUACGUACAUGUUUCUAUUUUUUCACCUUUGGGGCAAAUGACAAACUUGGCACUUUUCAUUUGAAAAUAUGUAAUAGCUUUCAGACUUUUCAGACAACAAUCAAUACCAUCCAAGGCAUUUUUUAAGUUAAUGGCAUAAGGACAGGAUGCAUUUAUAAUUAAAAUAAUGGGCAACAGUUAAAUAAGUCCCAUCUUAAAAUCUGAUUUUAAUCAUAUUAAACAACAUAUAAAAUUUAUUAUGGUAGUCUUUUUCUUCCAAGACUAUAUUUCCAAGUUUUUACAGACUCCGUCUUACAUUGUUUCUCUCUCACGCUGCCCUACUGGAGAAGGCGUGCUCUUAUACUAGGAUCUUAAACCUUUUGGAUGAACAAAAGAUGUACGUCUCAUGGGUAUUACUUCCAUAGUUCUCAUUAUACUAUAACUUUUGUACUCAGUGUAUGUAUUUUCUUUUGAAAAUGCUUUCUCUUUUGCUGCUCUUACUUUUCCCUCCUGUGGUUCCUGAGUGGCCCCCCCACGUGUCCCUCGCCUGAGCUGCUCCUUGUGAGUGCGGAUGAGUUAGUCCUUUAUACACGGCUGGCACCUCACUCGUGAUUUUUUCUCUACUAGGUUUUCAUGUAACUCUAUGAAGUUUCAGGGCCUAUAAACUUCUGUAAGCAUGUUAUGUACAUAAACAUUCUCCUGAUAUUAAUCCUAAAGUGUUUACACUGAGUUGCUGCCUUUCCCAAUAAUGCAUCCACGUGGGUGCUCUGGGAGACCUUGAAGGGUGAGGGGGACGUAGCUUACUUUUCCUUGCCUUACGUAUGUCUGAGCUGAGGACCAUCGUGAUUAAGAAACUUAGACGUAACGCCUCAGAUGUGACAUUUGUUGUUUGCUCUUUGAAUUGAAGUUGGUUGCUUAAUUUGGGAAAUAGUCAUAACAUCACAUAGGUCAGUUUUAAAAGCCUGAAAAAGUGACUUUGCUUGUUUACUUUUCUGCCUCAGGUUGAUGGGUUUUUUAACCAAUAUUAAUUGUAAUUGGAUCAGAGCUCCUAAUGAAUAGUAGAGGUUCAUUAAAGUUCUUAAGCACAAUUUUAAUUUUAUGAUUUCUGACACACAUAUCUAACACAUCUUAAUGCACUAAAUGCUGUAGAGAAGAAUCUUGCCAUUUUCAAGUAGACAAAAUUGGGAAGUUGAGUCAUGAACUCAUUCAGUUCAUCAAGUGUAAGCCAUUGAGUGUCCUACUCGUCUAGUGACAGGAGUCCUUGUAUUUCUGAGAAGUGCCUCUCAUUUCUGGGGAGUUGUUUACUUACAUAUUGUAUUUAAACCAAUUAAGACAACCCAAGGUGGAAAAAAAAAGUUUAGAGAAUGUAAGGAGAACUACUUCAGGCUUAGAGUAAGUUAGUAGGAAAAGUUGUGAAAACGUACAAAAAUGAACUAUAAAAAUAUAUCAGUAUUAGCUACAAUUGUUUGAGUUUAGACUAUUUAUCAAAUCUUUAAUGGCUAGACUGACUUAAGAUUUGUGACUAACUUGAGUGGGUGGGAUUGAUGGCCUUUGGCAAAAAGAUGGAGGAGAGGACAUCAUUGAUCUUCUGAUGGCUAAGAGCUAAAGGAAGAUGGUGUGUAGUGGUUCUUAGGCCUAUUAGGUUAGAUUCCAGAAAGACAUAAAAAUUUCUAUUUUACGUGAUUUAAACAUUGUUCUUUUCCUCUUUCCUUUAUGCUCAUUUACUUGAGGAGUUACAUAAAAAUAUAGAACUCUCAGUAGGACUGUAUUUCAAGGUAAUAGAGAAGCAGUAUUGAUUAUUUAUUCAUGUACAUGUACAGAGCGCCAUUCAAAAUGGCCUGAAAAUAUUUGGCAUGUCUGCUAUUUGCUGUUAUAAUUAUUGUAUGCUUGGUUUUGUAUAUAAUAAAACAGAAUACAUGUAAGUUUUGUGAAUCUGGAUUUUUCUUUCCUUGAGAUCAAUUAAACAGUAGAAAAAUACUGUCUGGAUUUUCCUGGUGUGGUUUUGUUUUGGUUUUGAUGCAAUUCCCUUUUGAAGUUUGUCUUAUUUCUCCCUGCUUAUUUAAAAGAACU